UAACAUUUUAAGACACAACACAGCGGAACAUCGCCACUUGGCGGUAAUUAGGUCAGUGUAUCACUACACUGACCUAAUCCCCGUUGUAGUUCAUUGGAAAAUAUGUUACAAUGGGACCAGUAGAGUUAUCUAGGCCCUAUGCAGUGCAAAUGUAAAUAUUACCAUUUAAACUGUACAUUAAUUUACAUAGGGAUAAUCUGUAAUUUUUACAUGUGUACUGAGGGCAGGGACGUAAUUUAACACGAGUUUAUGACUUGCGCUUGCUGGGAAUUUGUUUAGCGUUGGUAGCAAGGUGGUUUGUUAGUCGUCUACCGUGAAGAUACAAGGACUGCUAACAUGACGCAUUACAUCAUCAAGAGUAUCACUGGUGCACAAGGACAACUUCUUUUUAGAGGUCUUCCAUUCGGGUAUUUUGAUCGAUCAGGUCACAUACCAAUAUGGAACGUAAUCAACACAAUGAGAGAUACCUUCAACUGUGUGUACAACCACGGCUACAUCGAUCAUGCUCGACUCACUGAGAACAAAACACUUUUUGCUGUCAGAGUGAGAUAUUUGGCAACGGAAGAUUUCCACGCCAAGGCUGCAUUGUUCAAUCCAAUAUCCUUUGAAUGCACGACAGGAAUGAAAUCAGUUGGGCAAUCUUCGUUUGUAGAUUCAGUCACUAUGACGGAAACAGAAACAGGAACGCUCUUUGUAAAACUGAUGUCUAAGUUUAUUCUUAUAUGCAACGAUACCAAGAAACCUGUCCCUUUACCAGAUUGGUUUGCCGGAAAAUACUCCAUACACAACUCGGCUCAGGAAUUAGACAAGUUAGGCAAAGAACCACCUAUGAUUGUACCCAAGCAGGUGUUCUCACACAAACUACAGACCCGCCAUAGUGACCUUGACAGCAAUGGUCACAUUGCCACCCAGGAGUACUUCCGGUUCUGUAUGGAAGGCGCAAUGGAAGCUUCCAAAUCGGGGUUUUAUCGCCAAUUCGUGUCUGAAAUUUGGCUAUUUCCUGUUUUGGAAGCGGAUGUCACACUACUCAGUCCAAUCUCUGAGAGAACGGAGUUGACGAUCUUCACAUGGCAAUGUGAAAGUAAUGCAGCAAAGAUUUAUUUUUUAAUUAUGCGAGGGAAUGACAGGAUAUUCGAGUGUUCAUUUUUAUUCAGUGAUAGAAAGCUGAAACCAAUAUCAUUCAAACUGUAAAGGAUAUCGUGACGUCAUUUCCUAGCAACGCUUACAUAAUGUUUCCUUAAGAAUAGAAAGAGACGACAGAUGCCCAUACAAAUAUACAUUUUUUGAGAUUGAUUUGCUUAUAAUUUCCCUUCUUUACCGUCUGCUGUGUUGUAAACUUUAUGUUUCCACAUACUUUUUUAGCUAAUAUGUAUAUAUCGUUUCCUACCAACAUGUAUAUGUUAACCAUAUGAACAUGUUCUAUAUAUGGUUAUUUAAGUAAACAAAAGACGUUUUUAGUUCUGACGGUCAGGUAUGUGCUGUUGCAAGAUAAAAUUACGAUCAAAGCGGAAAACCAAAUCACACUUUUGUACAUGCUUAGUUUUAAAGUAAAUACUUCUCUUGUUAGAUGGUUUAUUGUCUGAAAUAUGAUCUAACACAAUUACAUAUCUACAAUAAGAAGGUUGUGUUAAUAUGAAAAACAUUUGUGCAGUUAUAAUCGGUUGUCAAGUGCUUAAAUACAGAAGAAAAAAAAUUGCUAAAGUGUAUUGAACCUAAUACUUGAUCCAGUUGGUAGAUGGCCAAUGUGUUCAUACACAGGGACUUUUGGGCCUGUAUCCCUUGGCUUUUAUGUAGGAUGGGUUGUCAAAAAAUGUACAUGAUUUAUUUAAUUGUUAAUAUC